AGGCCCAGGUGGUCGGGGGUGGGGCAGCUGUCGGCGUCGCAGGCGCCGGCCUCGGACGGCCCCACGGGGCUGCUGUUCCUGUCGGACGGCGCGGUGCAGAUCCCCGCCGUGCUGACGGCGGCGGCGUGGGAGCGGCUGCAGGAGCAGGAGGACCGCGAGUGCUUCGGCAGCCUGCUCAACACCACCGUCUGCGCCCGGGACUCCCGGCUGCUCUUCCACAUGGCGCCGGAGCGGACCCGCUGCCGCUUCUUCCUGUCGGUGGGCGAGCUGACCACCACCGCCGCCGGCCCGGUGCGGGAGAGCCCGCCGUGCUGCACCACGCUGCCCGCCGUGCGCGCCGCCAUCGGCCGGGCGUGGCGGGCGCUGCUGGGGCGGGGCGAGUCUCAGAGCAGUCAGGGCGGCCUGGACCUCAGCGAGCUGCUCGGCGAGUGGCAUCACGACUGCCUGCAGGACGUGGUGGACGACGUCCGGCGGCGCCUGGCGGCGGCGAGCGAGCGUCCGGCCAGUCCGCGGCCGUCCACCUCCACCGCGCCGCCGCCGCCGCCACCCGUCUGCACCACCGGCUGGGACCGGGACCGGGUCCUAUAUAGAGGGGAGGAAAGCUCGCCGUCCCCGUGAGGCGUCUGCUGAUUCCAGAGCGCCAGGCCGAGCAGCCGGGGUCAAAGGUCACGGAGCCGUCGGUGGAGGAGGCGGAGUGGAGGAUAUCCGAGCCGCCGGCCGCAGAGCGAGUGUGUGAAGCCUCGUACUCUCCGGUGGAGGUCGACUCACCGCCACGACUCCUGAUCACAGACGCAGCUUUGUUGGACGGCCAUCUCCUGUCCAACCCCUGGGACCAGUUCCCCCCUCCCAGCCUCGGGUCUGAGUCUUCCCCGGAUCCGUCUCCGGCCGAAGACCCCGUCCCUGCUGGGCCCGCAGAGUCCGGCCAAGACCUGCUGGCCGCCGUGUCGAAAAACACACAGACCACCUCGGACCCCCCCAUCCAGACCACCUCAGAUCCCCCCAUCCAGACCACCUCGGACCCCCCCAUCCAGACCACCUCGGACCCCCCCCAUCCAGACCACCGCAGACCCCCCCAUCCAGACCACCUCAGACCCCCCCACCCAGACCUCCAGCUCUAAAGGGACCGGCUGUCUCCCUCCGUACCAGAAGCAGCCGUCCUCGUCCUCCUCGUUCUCGUCCAGGAAGAGGAGGCACAGCGAGGACCGGCCCGAAGCCCCCGCCCCCUUAGAGGAGGCUGAGGAGGAGGGGGAGGGGGUCUGUGGCAGCCCCCCCUCAUGGCUCUUCACCUCCCAGGCCGGCAUCUCCGGGCCGGACAGCGACGGCAGCCCCCCGCGGACCGCCGCCAUCAGGAGGACUCCCAGCAUGCACAGCGACGGCUCGCCGUACUCGUACUCGUACCGGUCCAGCGGGCAGAACCUGCAGGACCUGAGCCGGCUCCGCGUCCCCGGCCCGCUGCUGCAGUGGGCCGUCAGGUACCUGAUCGCCCCGGGCCGGACCGCCGGGCACACCGCGGCGGUCUGAAGGCUCCCGGGUCGCCGUGCCCUCAGUGCGGUCUUACAGGCUGAGCAGGUUCCGUCCUCUCCAGGUUCUGUAAUGUCAAGAUGUUCUUAAAUAAAUCUCCACGUGUGAUUCAUGCCGAGGUGAAAGCUGUUUGAAACGAGGAGUCAGCCUGUCAGGACACGCAGAGGGCAACAAAACCCACACGGCUUCACUUCAGUUCUGCAGAACUGGGUGAAAUGAGGCGACUGAGCUUCCAACAGGUUCCUCCUGCUCCGUCAGCCCCUUGAGAACCUGUUCAGUCUCCCCAAAACAACCAGUACCUGAUGGCUUAAAAACACAAACUGAGUUCUGGUUUAUGAAAGCCGGUCUUGUUCAUGUUCAGAUGUGUGAAGGUUCUGUAGUUUUGUGUGUGUGUGUGUGUGUGUGUGUUGUGCAGUGAAGCUUGAAUUUUUACUGAAAGUUUUUAGAAUAAAUGACUUUAAUAUUGCUCAUUCUCAAUAAAAGUGAAGAAAAGAA